UCAAACGGCUGCAGGUGAAGAUUAAUGACAGAGCCGCAGAUAUCAUUUUAUUCCACCCAAGGAUAUUUUCUCCUCACUCCCACAAAGGAAUUGACUGUGUCGGGAGCUCGCUUUUUUUGGUGGGGGGACUUUUUCUCCAAUGGAAAGACGUGCUACUGCAGAAGAGGCCAUAAGGAGGAAACCAAACCAAGCAGCCUGAAAAUAGUCCAAACCCUAAUCGUCUCUUUUACAAUGAACCACCUCUUCACAACUGGAUGAAAUGUCUUGACCCAAACCCCAGCGCACCAUGGCAUGUUUAAGCUCCCCUGUGGGUUCGAUGGUGAGGCUCCAGGCCCUGAUGCAUGGGCAGCAUGCAUCGUUUCUAAGGAUUUUAGUCUUGGUAACAGUGAUUGCAGCUGACUCACCUGUUGCAGAUGACUCUCUGUGGGACUCUACACACCCUCCAGUGAGAUUUAUUGAAAAUAUUCCAACUCCAAGAGGAUCGUCACCAUCAGCCUUACCAGACUCACAGUCUACUGCCUUCGAGAGAUCAGAGUCACCUGGUGCCCUUUCAUCAAUUUCUGGACCAAACCAUGAAGCUUGGACUAUAUUAAGCCCUCCUGAACCUUUUCCUGGGACAAACUCACAAUUGGAGGAAUUAACUAAACGUUCCACAAACUGGAACAUGGCCAGGAGAAGUUCAGUCCACCAGCCAACCUCUCUCCCUUUGCUUCCUACAGGAUCCAAGCAACGAUCCCAUUUAAAUAUAUCCUCUACAUCCUUAAGCCCCUCUGUUUUUACAGGAUCGACACUUGAUGUACCUCUUCGUUCUGAAGGGAAAGACACUUCUAGCAAGCAGCAGGAUGUGGCAUCAGAGAAAACACCGCCAGCUAUGGCCUUAAAACUUGGCCAACCUCUUGAACCCUCUAAACUGAUUUUCUCUGAGUCUUCUAGUCAAAUAGUGGAUAUAAACCAGGUGAGGCCCAGUCAACUCCUCUUAGGGGAGAGCAAACCUGUAGAUGAUAUAAACAUGCUACUCAACCCCGAUGAGAUCCAGUUUUUUGGUUACAAUGUGCCUUUUGCCACCCUUCACCAUACAUCACCUCUAUCUGAACCCACCGAGGUGUCUCCAGAGGAUUUAUACCCCACCAACACCAUGGAAGUGGACUGGGGGUCUGGAGAUUAUUUGGAGACAAUGUCUUUCUUCAAUCCAGAUGGGGAUGGCUAUUCUUUGGUCAGCAAGGUGCCGGUGCCCUAUGACGCAUAUGAUUUAGAGGACCACACAGAAAGCUAUGACACAUCCUUUCCUUCCAGAGUGGGAAUAUCAGCUUCCUCUUUGCACCAUCUAUACAUCUCACCUUCUCCCAGCAUCAUGACCACGCACAGCACACAUGUUCCACACAAAUCACUGUAUCCUUCCUCCUUUUCUUCAACAGCUCAGUUGUCACUGGAGCCUGCUCCCACACCUAACACUGACGUACCCGAUGAAUCAUACAUAGAGUGGGCAGAAUCUUUCACAAUUCAGCCAACAGAUGUGCUCUUACCUGAUAUGAACAGCCUAGAGUAUUACACUACUCAGUUGACCAAGGAGCGCAAUGGUUCAGAAAUUGGAGCUGAACACAAUUUUACUGUAUUAUCCAGUAAUAACACAGAGAUCACACCCACUAUUGGCUUCCCCAGUGAUUCUAGUCUGACUGAGUAUGAGUCCUCCAGCGAUCUGUCAGGGCUUCAGCCUCAUGAUGAAUCAUCCACAACGGAGACUCCUCAUUUGGUUAAUGUCUCUGAUUCUUUUCUUGAUCCUUCCCUAGUCCCAUCCCAUGUCUUUGAUCUCUCCUCUUCUACAUGGGGUGGUCAGGUAACUGCAACAAAAACACCGACUGUGCAUAUGAACAGCACUGAAUUAACAGAGGCUGUGCAGCCCAGUGCAACACCUUUGCUACCAGAAGAUGUUACAUCUUCAUCAUCUCUGACAGAUGUCCAUUGGUUUGUUACGGAGUCGUUCCCAGAAAGUACCACGCUCGCCGCUCCUGUCUUAACUUCAACUCUGGCCUUCUCCGUAAUUCCAACAGAACCUACUGCCAAUAACACUCCUGGUACAACAGAAAUAACUUCCCAACCCCCAAUUUCUACAACUGAACAAACUCUCAAUAUGACUUCCGUUUCAACAUCUCGCAAUGUCACCCUACUUCCCCCGGUUAUGUUGGGGGAUCAGGGUGUGACUGAAGAUGAAUCUGACAGUCUAGCUACAAUGACCUCGAUCCCAGCAAGCAGUGAUGUUUACACAGUUUCUGCGGCACCUACAAGUAUACCUGCCACAACUCCUUCUACUCAAGCUACAACUGGAACUACUGUCACUACUGAACCCUCGACUAAAGUCAACAUCACUUCCACCAUCACUGAUAAGACCACAACUACACCAACAGCAUCAAGGCGGUACCUCUGUGAACUUGGCCGACCUGCCUAUUUAACAAAGAUUGGUUUUCCUUCUGGGGCCACUGUUGGAUAUGCCAAAUCCCAGGUCAAAGAUGUACUGAAGAAGGAAUUCAACAAGUCAGUGGAGCUGCAGGUCGUGGAUCCACCACCAAAGUUUGUGUUCCGUGUGGUGUCAGGUCCAGUGGUGUACACAGCCAUAUCUGUCAUCAAUGCUUUGCGAAGGUCCGGGCGCCGCUUCAUGUACAUGUUUCCCAGCUGGAUGACACCGGACCAUGAAUAUCAAGUUCACACAGUGCUGCAGUUUGUUCCCAAACACAUAGAUGUGCGUUACUGCAACUUCAGUGAGCACAUUGAGAAAGGUUUGACCAUGGCCUUUGCAGAAGUUCGCCGUCGCUCAGGGGAGUCAACCAACUUCACGGUGCAUAUUGUAAACAUCACCAUGGCUACUCCCAAAUAUGAGGAACGCCAGCUGAGGCAGCCAGUGGACAUCACCUUCACCGUUAGUGGCUCAAGGGGUUAUCUGAUGGGGUCAGAGGUCAGCACUGCUCUGAGGAAACUAACAAUGGUGGAAUUCAGCUACUAUACGGGAUUUCCUGUCCUGCAGAUUGCUGAACCUUUCCAUUAUCCAGAGCUGAACACCAGCCAUUUACUUCGCUCCAGCUGGGUCAGAACAGUGCUCCUGGGGGUGAUCGACCAGAAAGUCGGUGAAAGGACCUUUCAGGCUAACCUAGAGCGCCGUGUAGCCAUGUUACUUGGGGAGGCAAUGGGAUUGGUCAGACGGGUUAGACGAGCCACCACACUGGGCAACAACAGUAUUCAGGUUGUAAGCGUGAGCCGGAUGACCGGUGUGGACCAUCCUUUGGAGCUAGUGUAUUUUGCGGAGGAUCCCAGUGGUGGGAGGAUGCCUGCAGUCCGAACUGCCAAUCUUCUCAACAGCCUGGAUGUGCAAAGGGCUGCCAUUGUUUUGGGAUAUCGUGUGCAAGGCAUCCUGGCUCAGCCUGUAGAGAAAGUGGCAUCCUCACCCUCUGAUGCUGAGAACACCAACAUGUGGAUCAUCGUUGGGGUGGUAAUCCCUCUCCUUGUGGUCAUCGUCAUCAUCUCCAUCCUCUACUGGAAACUGUGCCGGACGGACAAACUAGAGUUCCAGCCAGAUGCUAUGACCGUCAUCCAGCAGAGACAGAAGUCCGCUACGUUAUUCAGUGAGUCAAGAGCCUCUCUUCAUCAACGACACCCUCCAACUAAAGGGAAUGUUGAGUUUAGUGAUGAUGAUGAGGAAGAGUCUGAGGAGGAAGAGGAGGACGACGAUGAAGAAGAUGAAGAGGACGACGAGGAUGAAGAGGAGGAUGAAGACGAUGAAGAGGAGGAAGAGGAUGAUGAAGAGUAUGAGGAAGAGGAUGAGGAGGAAGAAGAGGAGGAGGAGGAAGAGGAGGAGGAAAUUGUAGUCAAAAGGGGGAAGAAAUCAGUAGCUUUUCCCAAAAGCAAACGGAAUAUGGAUAAGGAGGAGGAAGACGAUGAUGAGUAUGAAGAAGAGGAAGAGGAUCAGAAGAGGAAAUUUACAGAGCGAGACUACAUGUCACCAGAGCAAAGACGACAAGAGAGUAAAGUUUUAAAAAAUAAACCAGGGAGAAUGACAACAGAGGAGAAGAUGGAUGCAUUUUCUAAAAGGAUGAGAGGCAAGGAGUUACAGACUUCCAGUGUAAAAGGCUUUGACUUUGCCAAGCUUCAUCUUGGCCAGCAGAAUAAAGAUGAUGUCAUGGUGAUUCAGGAGCCUGUCCCACCAGGGCCGGCCUCUGGGCCGCUCCCUGUGUCCAUUUCCGAUGGCUUCAAUCCAUCUGAAAAUGGCGAGAUCCCCACGCCCAGAUCUAAAACCUCCGGCUCCUCCACCAAGGCAUCACGCAGCGGUCGAAGGCGAGAAAGGAUCUCCCCGUCAGACGGAGACUCAGUGGUGAGUGAUCAUUCUAGUGAAAGAGGAUCGACCGAGGAGAACCUGAGAGCCCACGCCACGCCCAGCGACAGCAAGCAGACCCGUAAGAUCCCCAUCAAUGUUUUAAAUGGCAAGAAUAGAAUUGGUCCUCCCCCUAUGAAUGGUGGAAUAAAUGAGCAGCUGUCCUCAGCGUCCAUCUUUGAGCAUGUUGAUCGGAUGCCUCGCGGCACAGAAGCAAGCCGGAGACUCCCCAAUAAAGUCCAGCUUAUUGCCAUGCAGCCCAUGCCCAUCCCACCACUGCACAGUCCACCAAUCAAUGGCAAAGUGUCCAACACAAACCAAAUAAACAAAGAGAUUCAGGUUGCGUUGAGGCACAAGUCAGAGAUAGAACACCAUCGUAACAAGAUUCGCCUGCGUGCAAAGAGGAAGGGGCACUACGACUUCCCUGCAAUGGAUGAUGUUAUUAGCGGCUUUGGAGACGCAAAGGAGCAGGAUCGUAUAUACCAAAAAGCAAAGACACAAAUUGAUAAGAUCCUGGACCCAGAGGCUCAGAUGCCCUCCAUCUUCAUGGAAUCCAAGAAAAGUGGUCGAGGGAGGCGCUCUCCAAAACAGAGAUUGAAGGACCAGCUGAAUGGAGGCAUGAUGGAAGCAGACAAAGACCACCUCAUCACUGAGGACAAUGAUGCAGCGUACAGAAAGUGCCCUGGGGUCAACAAUGUGGCCUAUGUGUCAGACCCUGACCAAGGCCCAGGAUCCCCUCAGAGGAGCCCCUCCCCCACCGAUGAUGUAUUCCUCGGCCCUGCUUGCUCUCCUCCAGGCCAUGCCCCUCCUCCACCUCCCUACAUGCUGCAACAGCCCUCCAUUGAGGAAGCACGCCAACAGAUGCACUCCCUGUUGGACGAUGCCUUUGCUCUCGUGUCGCCCACCACUCAGGGCAGCACAGCAGGGGUGACUCUCCCAGGGGUCAACACCAACCCACUGGCCUCCAGCCCCCCGGGCCGCGGCCCUAGAGCCUGGGGUCCCAGCUACCAAGGCCUUGGCCCCCUCCCUGGUAGGUUUACUGACCUGGGUAUUUCGUCUGCUGCAGUCCAAUGCCUGACACCGAGACAGGGCCUUGGCUCGAAUUACCUACCAACAGGGGAGACAGCAGAGCAUGGCGAGCAGCUCCAGCCAGAAAGCCUGUACGCCAGCAGGGGUCUCUACGCUGAUGAGUUGCCCUCUACUGCCAGACCGCGUCCAGUCGGGGGAACUACAGGUGCACAAUUGCAUCAUCUCACACAGGUGGGCUUGUCCAGCCGGAUGAACGGUUACCCUGCAGGGGUCAGGGCUGCUCCAGGCCAGAACGGAGCCUUGGGCUGGAACCAUUAUCAUGAUGACAACUUCUCCAGGGUUGAACCAGAAAAAGAUCCAAUGCACAGGAGUGAAAUCAGAGAGCCCAUAUCGCCUUCUGGCCACUUGGACACUGCAGGUGUGGGCUAUCUGAGCGCUCUCCAACCCCAGGACACAUCUCCUCCCAGCCACUCCUCCGCCUCCCUGAUCAAGGCCAUCAGGGAGGAGCUGUUACGUCUCUCCCAGAAGCAGGCAGCUGUACCCAGCUACCGCAGCUGAAGCCUCACCCUGCGGCCUCCCAUCUCUAACCAGUCAUGUUGCUGACCUUGUCUGCCUGCUUUGCCUAAAACUGACACUGCUUCCCAUGGAAGUCCUUGAUGGUGUACAGCAGAGUGAUUGUCCUGCUAAACUGAACUGAAGAAGUGCCAGUAAGAAACUGACCAGAUGGUUAAUGAAGAAUCACAUAAAAUCGGAGACAGUGUUCAGAAAUGAAGAGCAACACGAGUCGUAUGCACCAGACCAGAGUUUAGAAGAACAGGUGUUAACACUCAUCGUGCCUCCUCGUGAAUCUGUCCUGCACUUCAUUGUGGAUCAGGGAGAGAUCAUAACAAUUUCUGGCUACUUUGGAUCCAAAUAACAGAAUAUUUUGGAUUUCACCACACGUACAGUAGUAAUCGAUCUCAUGUUGGGUUUUUCUUUGCAACUUAGCCUUCGUGGACAAAAACACCCUUAGAAAUCUUGUUAUUUUAAGAGAGCUCUUAGUUUCAUUGCUUAAACUGCCGUGGAUGUGUUUCUUCGUUUGCUUUGCAGGCCCUUGAACUUCCUUUUUACCAUCAGGUGUCACUAUUUUUCCCUGCCAUGAUGAGCCAAGCCAUGCCUUGACACUGUGAUAUAGUUCACCCGACCACAUCUACUGUAAGAGAGUAAGGUCUCACAGCCAGUGAGUCAGCGUCAGUGGGGCAUCCAUACACGGUAUACAAUACAAUAUACAUAAUAUACAAUAAUAACACUAAGGAAUACUACCUACGCUUUCCUGACUUUUUGCAGUAUAACAGUGUUAGUCUGAAGUGAUUAUUUUUUAUCUAAUAACUUGCAGUUUGCUGUUGUUUUUUCAUGUUCAAGCCCUGUGUUGGAUAUUGUUUUUGUUCAUGCAAAGUAGCUAAUGGAACAGGGGAAAAUGGUCCUGAAACAAAUCUACAACCAUCAUUUCAGAGGCAGGUGUUACGGAUAAUCGACUAUAUGUACUUGACAGUUACAGACAGUACUGUAUGUUUUCAGUAUUUGGUUGUAAUUUGAUGCACUGUUUGCAGACUACUAGGUACAGCUCAGGUCUUCAGGAGUUUCCAUGCUGAUAAAACACAAAAAAGAUACAACGAACGUAAUUUGGCAGAACGGUAAAUUAGUACAAUCAUAGGCAAUUAUUUUAUUUAACACAUUUUUGUGUUGUCUUUAUACAUCUUUUUUCCCCAUGCAGUAUUUAAAAGAUUUAUUACAUGCCAUUUUAAACCAAAAUUUCUUAAGGUAGUAAUGAACGUCUGUGACAUGUUUUGAUCUGGCAGCUGCAGGGACACGAAACACAGGCACGCUUUUCAACUGCGGCUACGUUCCAGAUGAAGUACUUUCACAAGUACAUGUUUACACAGUGAACUGCCACAUAUGCAGUGUUCUUACUUGCGCAGUGUACGAACGAGUGCAGUCCCAAAUUACAAGUUCUAUUGUGCUGACAUAGCAAACUUUCUUCUGCAACUGCUUCCCCAAAGUUGCUGCCAAACUUAAUGAGAAAAUCGAUGUCCCGCUCUACUCUCUGUGCUGCCGGAGAUCAAGCCAUCCUCCAAAUCCUCGAGCCAUACCGCAACCAAAGAAAUGGAUGUGAAUUGGAUUCCAACUCAUUUUUCUGACCAAAAUGAGUGCACCAUUUGGGUACUUGUCGUGUUCUGUGCAACGACUGUGAUUUGGAACAUAGCCUUAGAGCUAACUAACAAGCUCAAGAUGGCAAAUAUGGCAACAAAUACACCAAACAGCAUUUUAUUGAGCACACGUGUGUAAUUUGGACAUAGCCAGUGUCUGUGCAGCUCCGUUCAUAGCAGACAAUUUUAUUGGGGGGGUCAGGGUCUGUGAUGUCACAGUAGGCAGUUAAUUUGAGCCACUAAUGGAACGGCAUAUAUGUUCAGGCACACUUUAGAGGAUCCCAAACAAAGAUACAAGGCUGAUAUUAUCAUGGAGUUUUUGAAUUUGGUAGUUAAUUCAGACGCCAGAGUAAAUACUUUUUAGUUUAGAAAGAAAAAAGGUUGGGGUUUUUUUGUGUGUUUUUUUUUGUAUUUCCCCUUAAAGGUUUUCUCAGCUUAUUUGAAAAGGAAAGAAACUGUGUUACGUUUUGCUUACAUCCAUCCUAUUUUUAUGCUUUUAAAGUAUAAUGCUUUAGUUGGGUACUGCUUAAAAGUCAUAAGAUCAAAAAUCUCAAACAUGACAAUCCUGCAACAUGGUAUUAUGUGACAUAUUGGGCCUUGAAGUAUUUAUUUGAGAUGAAUAAAAGAAACGGAUCAUGGAUUUUCAAAGCAGGGCUUGAAAAUAUGAUUGUGGACUGUCAAGUGUCUCCCAUUGUCAUGCAGUGGAUUAUAAAGUUUAUUCAAAACUUUUGGCUCUGUGUUCGAACUAUCCUCAGAUGUGCCCAGAGCAUGGUUCUGUGCUAUGUUCUGGUACCUUGAGAUGUGCCUUUUGGACCCACCUGAGCCAGUUAAGCACUACAAAAGAUUAAGAAAAAAAAUCUCAAUUAGUGCUUUAUUGCUGUGACCUGUAAUGCCCUAAAUUCUACCAAAAAAACAGUGCAAAUAAUAACAGUUUCAGCUUGUUUGUUGGUCUAUAGAUGCUUUUGAAAAAGAUGUACGUGUGUGAAUGAAACGCUGUAGCAACAAUGUUCACAGUUGUAUUGUCUUGUCGUACCUCCCAUUACACCGUUUAGUUCACUUCUUCAAUCAAUCUCACAAUGAAUGCCUCCAUCUUCUUGCUGUGUACUGUAACUACAUCUCCCUGUGUUCAUCCUCAGUGUUUUGUUUUUUGUACUUUUGUUGUUCCUUUUAAAUCUUUUUCUACAUUGUAAAAACAACCUGUUGGCUGGCCCAACUUUGCAUUUGGUUCUCAUCGCAUGUUGAAGUAUUGUAUUUUGCUCUGGUUUGUUUUGACGCAUGCUGUUCAAGGAUCCUGGAAUACAAUAGAAC